GGUAAAUAAAGAGUCAUAAAUUGUAUGUAACAACAUGGACUUUCCACCUUUCCCUGUUACUUUUAACUUAGUCCUGUUUAUUAAUCAUUUUACAGACUAUGCUCUUGCAGAAAGCUGUACAACUUUAUUUUGGAAUAGUUCGUCAUCUCAGUAUAAGAUAAUAUAUCUUUACUGUUCUAGCGGAUGCUGUGAAGAAAAUCAUUCACAGUUUUGUUGUUCGUCAGAAAACUUUAAAAAUGCAUUUUCGACAGGACAAAUAUUUGGGAUAGCAUUUGGAGUUAUAAUUAGCACAACUGUUUUCCUUGGAUGUUGUAUAUGCGUUAUUAAACUGUGUAUAAUACCAAACAUUCGCCAAUAUCGACGAAGUCAAAAUUCAAGUCAAGAAACAACCGGUCAAGAAACAGAGCUGGAUAACAUGGGACAGCAUAAUGACAUUGCUAUUAUAUCUGGAACGAACUCGUUACCUAAAUACGAAGAUUUGCCUCCUUCAUACGAAGACGUUAUUCAUGGCAGAGUUAAUUUAUCAUUUAUCAAAGAGGAGGCCAGUCCCAUUCAGACAACAACAAGUGAACAUGUAAAUAAUCCGAAUUCAUGAUAUGUUGAAAGCAAGUAGGACGCAAAGGUCAUCACAUUCAUUUAUCGUAUGACAAUGCUUUCAGAAGAGUGUUACAUUUGAUUGAUUCUGGUUUUAUUCCGAGGAUGGUCGAAAUGACAUGAACAUCGAUCUAUGUUUUCAGAAGAGUAUCACGUGUGCCUUAUUCUGGUUAUAUUUCGCGGGUUUCCGAAAUAGUAUUUCCGAAAUGAUAUUGAGACCGAUAUUUGCUGACAUUGAUGAACAAUUUUCAAGUGUCACACAUUACUUUUGUUCUUUUCUUUUUAUAUUUAUCAUAGAUAUAGAAUAUUGAUAAGUUACGGUUAUAUUAGCCGACCGUGCGAGGGCUGCGUAAAAGACCAAGGUCGUUAAAAACUUCAAUCAUCAACGGUUAUCUUUGAUACCAAGUCACUCCCAUCUGAAAUGGAUGGUGGGGUAUAUGCAAUUUUACCUCAAAUAUUUUUUUUAUAUAUAUAUAAUGUUGAAUAUUGAUGUUAAAAGACUUGUUUUGAUGCCAGUUGUCUACAAUGGUCAAUAGCAAGUAUUGACUUACCAGAAAAAAUAAAAACCUACUAAGAAUUAGUACUAAGCAGAUCAUGUUACAUUUUUUUCAAGACUACUAGUAUUUGUUUUAUAGAUUUAUACAGUUUUGUAUUGCAUGUGUUUUGUGAUCAAUAAAAUCAUAUUUAAGAUUUUAA